GGUAAUUAAAAUCAACCUUAAACUCUUUUAUCUCCACUCUAAAGGUCAAUCCGGAGUGCAGACGCAGACUGAAGAAGGACUUCAGGUUUGGUGCAAUUACAUUUGACGCCGUCUGUGGGAACUCGAAUAAAAAGCUUUAUUUGUAUGUUGAUCUGGUUGAUCGAAGGGAAGAGAAGAUGAGUGAAAGGCUCAUGGCUGAUUCUUUGGAGUCGCAAAAGCAGCUUGCCAGAGUCGGUGGAGUCAUCAAUUGGUUCCUUGCCAGAGUCGGUGGAGUCAUCAAUUGGUUCCUUGGCCAUAUGGCUGUCGCCACCCGCACCAUCCACCAACCCCUUAAGCUCUCCGACCUCAUCAUCAAAGUCCGAGUUGCUCAAAUACCAUUGUCCUCAGCUCAUGAAGAACUCCCAACUCGGCAACGAGAAGCAUUCUUCCAGCUCGGCAGUGACAAAAUAGUCGCCCAGCUCAGCAGCACCAAGCAUUCUCCUAGUUCAGCUUCCAACCACAAGCAUCCUCCUUGGGCAAUAAACCAUUUGAGUUUGGUUACCACUUUGUGAUUAUUGGGGAAACAAAUCUUAACCUUUUCAUUAUUUUACUUUGUUUUUUAUGUUGUUUUAUUUUCUUUUGCUGUAAACCAAAUUGGAAUCUCUCUCUUUUGAAUUUGUUUUUGUAGAAUCCAAGGGAUAAGUCCCUGACUAGGCAGCUUGCUAGUAGCAAAUUAAAUCCCUCCAAUCAGC